CCAUUGCUCAACAAAACAGUCGUUAGCGCGUUUUGUUGUUCACCUGCUGCUGUUGGAUUUGAGCUGGCGGAGGAGGCCUUGCGACCCGCACGCACGAGGAUGUUCACGUGUCUAUUCUCGUAGCUCACUGAGGAUGUGUCGCUUGUGGUUUUGACGCACGCCCGCACUUCGUUUGUCGAGACGCGUAGCAGCUAGCUUGGGUUAGCCUGGGUUAGCUGUCCCGUGCCCUGCGUUUAAUCGCGACAACUUUUUGUUUAAUUGGACCCGUAGUUAAUUAGGGCGGCCGCGCUGCAGGUGGUGUGUUCUCCUGUUUUCGGCACAUAGCGGAGGAUCUGAGAACUUGGGAGGAUGCUGGCGACUGGAGCAGCUGUGACUAAUGUGACAGCUCUGGCCCAGGUGGACCGGGAGAAGAUCUACCAGUGGAUCAAUGAGCUGUCCAGUCCGGAGACCAGGGAGAACGCGCUGCUGGAGCUGAGCAAGAAACGGGAAUCUGUGCCCGACCUGGCGCCCAUGCUCUGGCACUCCUGUGGCACCAUUGCUGCCCUGCUGCAGGAGAUCGUGAACAUCUAUCCAUCUAUAAAUCCACCCACACUGACGGCUCACCAGUCUAACCGAGUGUGCAAUGCCCUGGCACUUCUUCAGUGUGUCGCCUCACACCCGGAAACAAGGUCUGCGUUUCUCGCGGCUCACAUUCCUCUCUUCCUUUACCCCUUCCUGCACACUGUGAGCAAAACACGACCAUUUGAGUACCUGCGACUCACCAGCCUCGGCGUCAUCGGUAACUCUCCUGCUGCUUCUCCAUUAUUUCUUUUGUGUUUUCCUGAUUCUCAACAAGAUGUCUCUGUGUCUAUUGCAGGUGCUUUGGUCAAAACGGAUGAACAAGAAGUGAUUAACUUCCUCCUCACCACUGAAAUCAUCCCGCUGUGUCUCCGUAUUAUGGAAUCCGGCAGCGAACUGUCCAAGACGGUUGCAACUUUCAUACUUCAGAAGAUUCUCUUGGAUGACACAGGGCUGGCUUAUAUAUGUCAGACUUAUGAACGUUUUUCCCACGUGGCGAUGAUCCUUGGCAAAAUGGUGUUGCAGCUGUCAAAAGAACCAUCAGCACGUCUGCUGAAGCACGUUGUUCGCUGCUACCUUCGCCUCUCGGAUAAUCUCAGAGCCAGAGAAGCCCUGCGUCAGUGUUUGCCCGACCAGCUGAAAGACAGCACCUUUGCUCAGGUGCUGAAGGACGACACCACCACCAAGCGCUGGCUCGCACAACUGGUCAAGAACCUACAGGAAGGUCAAGUCACUGAUGCUAGAGGCAUCCCGCUGGCUCCGCAGUGACAAGGACAAAGUGUGUGCUGACAGCAGACACAGAGGGACUGUGCACUAAAGUCUCACAGUGUCGAUUUUGCGCUUGGCCAAAUGUGGUGCGAUAACACUGUCUGCAAACGAAAGGGACUUAAUAAAGGAGGAAGAUGUUUUGCUUUUGGA